AUGACGGCCAUCAUCCAGAAAUUACGGCGCAAGAGGAAGCUGUCCUCCGAACUGCACUCGCGCUGGGGCGACGUCGCCAUCAGCUAUCCCACCGGCGGGUCGUGGAGUCAAUGGGAGCAGUCGUCGCGUGCUGGACCCUCUGCUAUAGCUGACCACGGCCAGCGCCGUGGCUCUCUCGAACCCAACCGCUCCGCCACUUCCACUCGCAUGGGGAGUCACAGCAGUCUCGACGCGCGGGCGCCCUCAGUCGAUUCCGCCAUGACCAUCCCCACGGGGCACUACGACGCGCGCGUUGGCAAUCGCUCGCGGCGGAUGCCACAGUCGUGCAGCCCGCCCACCGAACCGCUGCCCAUCGAAUCACCCCGGGCGUGGUCGCCCUCCGGCUCCGACGACGACUCGGGAGACGAGGAGGACGAAACGGAGGUGCCUGCGCCUCUCAAUCUCUCGCGUGGGCGGCAUCACGCCCAUCCCGACGAGGCGGACAUCUACUCGCGCGCCUCCAAAUCGCCGCCCUUGUCCGUCACGUCCCGCAUGCGCCGCUUCAGCGUGCAGAGCCACAUGGGCGAGUCGUCGACGAGCGGACCGGGGACGACCAGCUCGCGGCACACCAGCUACACCUCGUCGACGCCGUCGAAUCCGUCAGACGACAGUCGACACCACAACUAUCGCCCGGCAACACAGCCGGAACGCAAGCCCGUCCGACGCCCCAAGCCGGAGCCGCUGACGCUACGGCGACAGCCCGAGCUGGUGCCGUCAUAUGACGAGCUGUAUGGGUAG